UCCUGCCCACCACACGGACAGACGGACAGACGGACAGAAAGCAUGAAGCUUUUUCUCCUUCUGGCGCUCCUUGGAGGGACAGUUGCCCUGGAGGAGAAAGGUAAGAUUGUCGGAGGGUACGAGUGCCCCAAACAUUCUGUGCCCUACCAAGUGUCUCUCUUCACUGGGUAUAACUUCUGCGGCGGAGUCCUCCUGUCUCGUGAGUGGGUCCUCUCCGCUGCACACUGCAAAACAAAGUCAGAUGUGGAAAUUCGACUGGGAGAGCACAACAUCUGGGAGUCUGAGGGGACGGAGCAGCACAUCAUGUCCGCCAAGUUCAUCCGCCACCCAGAUUACGACUCCCGGACGCAGGACAGCGACAUCAUGCUGAUCAAACUGAGUCAGCCUGCCACUUUCAACAGCUUUGUGCGUCCGGCCGUCCUCCCCUCGAAGUGUGCCCGUGAUGGCACAAUGUGCCAUAUCUCAGGAUGGGGGAGCCUUCGUCCCAGCAAUGAGGGCUCGAGGUAUCCUGACAAGUUGCAGUGCCUGGAUGCCCCCCUCCUGAGUGAUGACGCCUGCUUCAACGCCUACCCUUUCCAGAUCACUGAGAACAUGAUCUGUGCCGGGUUCCUGGAGGGAGGCAAAGACUCCUGUCAGGGCGACUCUGGGGGUCCCAUGGUGUGCGACGGGGAGCUUCAGGGUGUUGUGUCCUGGGGAAAGGGCUGUGCUCUGAGAAAGAAGCCUGGGGUGUACACAAAAGUUUGCAACUACGUCGCCUGGAUCGAGAGCACCAUGGCAUCUGGCUGAGGAGUCCCUACGUGCGGUUCAGAGAAGAACUGGGAGAAUUCAUGUGUGAAUAUGCAGCAUCCAUAAAGCUCAAAGUGCCACAUACUGGGUGUACGUUGUGGUUUUAUCGCUGGUUUGUGAACAUAUUGCUGAAGGAAUAUCACUCAU